AUGAUUUCAAUAGCUGUUCCGACCACUACAUCUGAACAGCUAAAGAUACUAGCUUCACGUCGUCGUCGUAGACUCCCCCCUUACAUUAAGCUCAUAAAGGAGAAGGCCAUGUAUGAAAAGGAAGUCAUUGAACAGACUGCUAAAGUAGAGAAGAUGAAAACAAACAAUGAAGAUCAAUAUGACAUCAGGAAACAGCAAGAGGUCCUUGAGGAGUCCAAAAUGAUGAUCCCAGAUUCUACCAAAAGAAUCAGAACGGCGUAUGCUGAUUUGAAAAACUGUUUGGUAGGUAUGACUGCAUGCAUGAUGCAAAAACUGUAAACAAAUGGAUGCUAUCUCAGAUAGCAUUGACUCUACGAUUUCUCAUCACCCUUCCACAUCUACAGGGGUUUUCUUCAAAGUUUGCUCAGCAUCUAGAUGCUCAAGUUAAGGUAUUUGGUGAAUUCCACAAUAACCACAUAUGUAGAAUGGCUGACAAAUUCUAGAUUGUCACUGUAAUGGACCCUUCCCAUGAAAUAUGCUAAUUACAUUCACGCAUGCGUACAGACCCUGUUGGUUGGCGAACGCCUUAGAGUUGUGCUCUAAGCAGACGCGCAAUCGCGUCUGCACCACGCACCCAUUAGCCGUGUACAAAACAGCGCG